CACAAGGCUCCUACAACAAACCCUUUACAAUGCCCCCUAAUCUCUUUCUUCUUUUAGGAGCUUUCCUCCUCCUUGUGACAAUUCCUCCCGGAAAGGCCUUCAAGUUCCUCCAGCACUUGGAGGGAAGCCACAAGGGCAAGACAGUGGAAGGCCUUGGUGAGCUCAAACGCUAUCUCGAGAAGUUUGGGUACUUGAAUUAUGGUGCUCAGCAUGAUUCAAAGACUAAAUUUAGCAAUCACAUCCAUGUAAAUGAUGAAGAGUUUGAUGAACUUUUAGAGUCUGCGGUCGGGGCAUACCAAUCAAAUUAUCACUUGAAUAUAACCGGAAUCUUAGACUCUGAAACCAUUCAACAUAUGAUGCUCCCAAGAUGUGGCGUGCCUGAUGUUGUCAAUGUCACAAACUCAUUGUCAAGCACGCAAAUAAAACAGACAAAACUUUUCAACAUGGUCGCAAUGUACUCAUUCUUCCCAGGAAGGCCACGGUGGCCUCUAUCGAAAACCUACCUCACUUAUAGCUUCCAAUCCAGUGCCCAAGUUGUGGGAUUGCAAGAACUGAGGUUGGUGUGCUCGCGAGCUUUUCGAAAAUGGCAAAAUGUGAGCCCAUUCACAUUUGUGGAAGCUCCUCAGGGUGCAGUCGGAGACAUUGUUAUUGGUUUCCAUCGUGGCAAUCAUAACGACGGGGCUCCAUUUGAUGGUCCUGGGGGUGUAUUUGCUCAUUCUUUUGCACCAACAAAAGGAUGGUUCCACUAUGAUGCUGAUGAGGAUUGGAGUAGUAAUCCAAACAUGAGCCAAAUAGACUUGGAAUCAGUUGCAGUUCAUGAGAUAGGGCAUGUUCUUGGGCUUGGCCACAGUAGAGAUCGGAAUGCCAUUAUGUACGCAUCGCUUCCUACUGGAACUAUCAAGAGGAAUCUGAGUACUGAUGAUAUACAAGGAAUACGUGCCUUGUAUUCUGGAUCAACCCGAAAAAUUUCCUAUUAUUUUCAAUGUUCAGCCUAAAUUUUCGAAUCAUUUUCCUAAGAGUAUAAAAUUGACUCUCUCUCUUACAUGUUCAACAAAAAUGGGCUCGACUCUGUAUCCAGCCUUUCUAUUGGACUCUCUUUAUUUGCUUGGGUUUUCAACCAGUAGAUUCAUCUCUUGAGUCAGGGAAUUAAUGUAUUUCAUCAGGAGAUAAACGUUAUUGAAGUUGAAUUUUUUAUUUUUU